GGGAAACCAAAACAAUUCAGUAACGUGAACUAAACAAUAAAUUUUGCUGAUUUUGAAUAUUAAAAUUUCAACAUGGCCAGUCGUGUGGGAGUACUUUUGGGGCAGGUCGUUCCAUGUGUUAAAAUCAAUGCGUCAAAAAUACGCGUGAAACGUAUGGAGCUGGACACUAAUCUCAACAUGUACUUUAAACAGGAUGAAUUCUACUUCGCCCACGAUCCGGACAAACGAUGCAAAACUGGAGAUAUUGUGUUAAUCAAAGAAUUACCUGAACAAUUGACCCGUUUGAUAACGCACUCCAUCGACGAAAUCGUUUAUCCGCUCGGGGACAUAACGGAUCCUAUUACUGGGAAGAAAGUCGUCGUUGGCAAGUAUCGCGACGAAAUCGAGGAAGCGAACAGGCUAUUUGGCAAAUCGAGAAACGCAUUUGAUUACUCCAGUGCUCCUCCAAGAGGCCGGUUGGAAGGCACUAAAGAUUUUACACACGGAGAAACGUACAUCAAAUACCACGAAGAUGGAAAGGAUCAACCGUUUGCCGUUUGAAACUAGUUUGUCUGUCUACGUACCGAAAGUAAAAUAGAACACAAUUAAUCAAAAGAAA